AUGGCCCUGUACGGCGCGCCGAUAUGGGCAGAAGCCCUUGACGCGUCAAACAGGGCCCUCCUCCGCAGGCCGCAGCGCAUCGUUGCGGUGCGCGCAUGCAGGGCCUACCGCACGGUUGGCCAUGCAGCGGCCUGCGCUUUGGCCGGCACUCCCCCAUGGGAGAUAGAAGCGGGUGUGCUGGCCGAAGCGUACCGGGAGCGGGUCGAGCAGAGAGCUCGGGGCGAAGCCCCGGCUCCAGAGGAGCUCGCCCGGUCCCGGGCGGAGAGAAAGCGAACGACCAUAGAGCUGUGGGCUGCUGGCCUAGCGGACGCCAAAUACGGCGCCCGCACCAUAGAGGCCAUACGCCCACAGCUCUCGGACUGGUGCGGGAAGCGCCACGGCGCGAUGAAUUACAGACUAUCACAGAUCCUUACAGGUCAUGGCUGCUUCGGGCGGUACCUUUGCCGAAUACAAAGAGAAGAGACGACGUCGUGCCACGAGUGCGGCGCUGAUGAGGACACCGCGCAACACACCCUUCAGGUAUGUACAGCGUGGUCCGAAGAGCGCCGCACUCUGGUAGCGGCGAUUGGUGAUGACCUCUCACUCCCAGGCGUAAUUCGCGCCAUGCUGGGCAGUGAGGGGUCAUGGGAGGCGGUUUCCUCCUUCUGCGAAAUUACUACAAUAUACGGAAAUGCUUCUAUGUUUGCUUGCACACAAAGGUCUCGAAUGUCAAACAAGGUGACGAUGCAAUCACUAAUCGAUAGGGCUUGCGUUAUCACAAUAUGA